CAGUGCUUUCAGUCACUAUUCGACCUUUAUGGUGUGUGUAGCUUGUCGAAAUUUUAUCGUUAUCAAGAUUUUUUCUUUUUUUCUAUUCGCUCGCACUUCAUUCUCUCGGCGAUAACGAUAUUCGCGCCUUAUAAUGCCAUGUCAUGGAAAAUUACGGUUGCUUAGCAGAGCAUAUCUGGCAUUCAGGAAUUCAUGUGGAAAGAACGAAGGCAAUCUGAGUGCGACUAUCGUCGCCAGCAUUACCAGCAAUAGAAAUUUCUCUACAAGUCGCACACUCAAUAUGAGGUUCGUUCAAUUUACAAACAAAACCGGAGGCCCGCAGCAUCUUGGAGUCCAGCUGAAGCAGGGAGGUGACAUUAUCGCUGUGUCGGCGAUAGAUUCGCGUAUUCCGAACACGCUGAAAAAAUUUUUGGAAGGCGGCGAUGAUUUUCUCAAGAAGGCCAAAAGGGACGACGAUAUCGACCUAAGGAAGGCAGUAGAGAGAAUAGUCGCCGAGGGACGGAGCAUCAUACCCGAGGCCGAUGUGAACUUCCUGGCACCGGUCACGCGCAUGGAUAAGCUCAUCUGCAUCGGUCUCAACUAUAGUGGUCACUGUCAAGAGCAAGGUUUGCCGACUCCUGAAAGUCCGAUAGUCUUUAACAAGUUUCCCAGCAACAUCAUUGGACCGCGUGACAGCAUUGUGCUACCGAAAAUCUCGGACAAAGUCGAUUGGGAGGCCGAACUGGCGAUAGUCAUCGGCAAGAAAUGCAAAGGCCUCAGCAAUGAUGAAAUCGAGGAUUGUAUCUUCGGCUACACAGUGGCACAGGAUAUAACGGCGCGUGAUUGGCAGAAAACAAAGCGAAACGGUGGUCAAUUUCUGAUCAGCAAAGCAAUGGACACAUUCUGUCCCCUUGGUCCAGCGGUGAUCACCAAAGAGGCGAUAUGCGACAUUAAUAAUUUAUCUGUGAGGACAUGGGUGAAUAGUAAUCAGAAGCAAGAUGGUAAUACUAGCGAGCUUAUCUUCAAACCUCACGAAAUAGUUACUUAUAUUUCACAAUUUAUGACAUUGUUACCAGGCGACGUAAUCCUCACCGGGACACCGGCUGGUGUCGGAUACACGCGCAAUCCACCGGAAUACUUACAGCGAGGCGACGUACUUGAAACCGAAAUUGAAAGUAUCGGACGUCUGAGAAACAAAGUGAUCUAAUCGAAGAAACAAAAUAUGCCUUUGGAAAGCGUUAUCAAAACUGCGUGUUCCUUAGAAGACUGGACCUGCGUUUCUUCAGGGAUCGACAUCCGUGAUAACGUUGAAGCAUGCCAACAAUUGUAUCAUAGAUGCGUAUAUAAGAAUACGUAUAAUAAUGAUAAUUUCAGCGCAAUUGCAUAUGUUUAUGCAAGGGGGAGCAUUGCUCCCCUCCCCCCUUUUCACUCAGGACACAAACGCCUAGUAACAUUGAUAACACAGCAACGCUAAUUUUUUAUGUGUCGCGUAUUUUAUGUACUUGUAUAAUUAAAACGAGACUGUUUCUAUUA